AACUCCUCCCUACUUGUAUCGAUGAAAGUUUGUGUUACAAAGAUGGCGGAUUUCCUGCCGUCCCAGUCCUUUCUAUCCAUCUGUUUCCCUAAAUGUCUACUAAACACAAGCGAGGCAGAACAGCUGAGGAUAUCUAAAGAGAUCGACAGAUGUAUUUCGAAAGACAAAACGUACGUGAAGCGGCUGGUGAAGAUACUUUUGCUCGGCGCCGGCGAGAGCGGCAAGUCCACUUUCCUCAAGCAGAUGCGCAUCAUACACGGACAGGACUUCGACCAGCUGGCCAGAGAGGAGUUUCGAGCGACUAUCUACAGUAACGUUAUUAAAGGUAUUCGUGUGCUGGUGGACGCACGGGAAAAGCUGCAUAUUCCAUGGGGCAACGCAUCCAAUCAGACACACGGCGAGGCAGUGAUGAGCUUCGACACGCGCUCGGCUCAGGGCCUGGUGGAGCCCAAAGUGUUCCAGCGGUACCUGCCUGCCGUGCGCUCUCUCUGGGCUGACAGUGGCAUCCAGCAUGCUUACGACCGCCGCCGUGAAUUCCAGCUGGGUGAAUCGGUGAAAUAUUUCUUGGAUAACUUGGAAAAACUUGGAAUGCCGGACUAUCUGCCGAGUCAGCAGGACAUCUUACUGGCACGCAGACCCACCAAAGGCAUCCACGAGUACGACUUUGAGAUCAAGAAUGUCCCUUUCAAGAUGGUGGACGUUGGCGGGCAGCGCUCCGAGCGGCGCCGCUGGUUUGAGUGCUUCGACAGCGUCACCUCCAUCCUGUUCCUGGUAUCGUCGAGCGAGUUCGACCAGGUGCUGAUGGAGGACCGUCAGACCAACCGACUCACGGAGUCGCUCAACAUUUUCGGCACUAUUGUCAACAACCGCGUGUUCAGCAACGUCUCCAUCAUCCUGUUCCUGAACAAGACCGACCUGCUGGAGGAAAAAGUCAAGACCGUAGCCAUCAAGGACUUCUUCCCCGAGUACGAGGGCGAUCCACACAGCUUGGACGACGUGCAGAAGUUCCUUGUGACAUGCUUCCGCAACCAGCGCCGCGAGCAACAGAACAAGCCGCUCUACCACCACUUCACCACGGCCAUCAACACUGAGAACAUUCGCCUGGUCUUCCGGGACGUCAAGGACACCAUCUUACACGACAAUCUCAAGCAGCUGAUGCUGCAGUGAUCUGAACCCCUCCCUCUGCUUCCAUUGCUUGCGUCCAAGCCUGGACCACUAAACCUGACUUUGGGGGGGGAUGGGUCACAGAGCAAGUCUUAAUGUGUGUGUGUGUGUGUGUGUGUGUGUGUGUGUGUGAGAGCAUACACACAGGUUCAGCCUCACUCAGAAGAUUAUCUGUCUGAGGAAAGAGUGAGAGCUCCUGUGGUUCUAACUGCCUUUAAAGUCACUCAACUGAACAGCAACUCUCUCUUUUGUGUGUGUGUGUGUGUGUGUGUGUGUGUUUUGUUGUUGUUCUUUUUUAAACCCUAGCCUUUUUUUCUAACCUCUGUGCCUGGAUUUGGCUCUGAAGCAGGUCCUUAUUUCGAGUAAGCUCAGCUGAAGCACUCCACUUAGCAUCACAUCCUGAUUUUUAUUUACGCAGAAUGAUACUUUAGCAACAUUUGCUAAGCUAACUUGUGCUAUCUAUCCACGCAGCAUUGCGAUCAAAUCAGUUGCCUCUCAAGUGUUGGCUGUCUUACUGUAAAGUAGCAUGCUGACUACAGAUUAUCUAGUGCGCAGGAUUUGAUUGGCAGAUCAAGCUCAACUGUAGCUCCGACCCAUGUGAACCCAGGGACGAGUUACGCUCUGUGAAAUCAGGACUUGCUGUGUGUGCGCGUGUGUGUGUGAGAUCAUACACUGCUUUAUUUCUGUGUCUGUGUGUGUGUGUGAGAUCUGCCUUUCUUUUACCUGGUGCCUCACUGAAAAAGGCCUUCCUGUCUAUAGCGUGUGUGAGAUAUGUGAGCAUGCUCUUAUCCACUGUUGCUGUUAUCCACCUUCAUUCACUUGUGUGAGUGUCUCUCGUCUGAAGAGCGUUUGUGUCCUGUCCAGGCGGCAAGUCGUUACAAGACUAAACAACUAGGCGAGAGCAGCUAAACGUCUCGUGUGUAACAGUCACGACAGGUGGAGUUUGUGUAUGUGAGAGUGUGUGUGUGCACGCGUGGGGGUGGAAGAGUUCCCCAGCCUUUUCGUACUAAACCCAUGCAACUGUACUAACGUUUUAAUAGGAAGCCGUGUUUCUGAGCCUCUGCCUUUAAUUGGCUGUGGUUCCUAAUCAGUGGUGUUUUUCUUUUAAAUUUUUUUUAUGCGGCUGUUUUUAUAUAUUAUUUGUUCUAUUUAGCUGUAAGUUAUAUUUUAAAAGUUUACACUUUUCACCACCACUGAUGAAGUCCACUUCAUAGGCAUGUGCUUUUUUUUUAUAAACAUUUACGAUAUUAUCACAAUAUUCAGUGUCUGUUUUUUUUUUUCCGUUCUUUUUUUUUUUCUUCAGUGAUGAUUCAUUCUGUCCUGCAUAUUUUCAAACUUAUCUGGUAAUAAGAGGUUUCUUAACAUUAGCUAGCUUACUAAAAAAAAAACUAAAUAAAAUAAAGACCUUGAUUGGUUUUAAUGACCUAAAAAGAAUAGCUAGUCUAAAUUCGGCUGUUGGCAAACUUCUCUAAAAUAUCACUGUAAUUUUCUCCAUAACAAUACUGAUUAAAGCUUGUGCGAAAUAGUGCGAUAUACCGUAUAACUGAUUUUCGGUGCGUGUUUUAUCUGUCGGUUACAGUUUAAAUUGUAAUCGGAGAGAGAAGCUCGGUUAUAUGCAUGAAUGUGUCGUUAGACCACUCAAACUGUAGAAAGUGAUGCAGUGCGUGAGACACAAAACUCAGGGCUAAAUAAUGUUAACCACUUGUGUGCAUGGAGACAAAAUGAGCUGCGUGUGUGUGUGCUUUUUUUUUGUGUGGAUACAUUAAUGUUUUUUAUCUGACACUAUGGCUGGAUGCUGCGCUAAAAAUUUGCAAUUAGGUUAACAGGUAAAAUGAUAGAUUGGAAUAUCUAAUCCACUCCUAGUUAUUGUAAUAACACCUGCGACGUCAGUGUUCCUAACAUUUUGCUUAUUUGUUGUUGUAUUGUGAUAUGGCUACUCUCUCAUCAUCAUCAUCAUCGAUGUCGUGCUGUCAAAUCGUCAUUCCAAAAUGUCAAAUGUUUUGUUUUUUUUUUUUUUUAUAUGUAACUAACUUAAUGCUUCCAAUAAUCAGGCUAUUGAUUUAUUCCCAAGUGCCAUGAUUGAAAGGUACCACUUAUUAAAACCUUGUUUGUUCAAAAUUAUUGUUUUUAGAGAAACUCCUGCCUUCUGAAGCCAACAGAGCUCUGGCUCACAGCCAAUAUAUAUAAUCAUCAUCAUCAUCAACCUGAUGUCAUAUUCCGAUGCCACGUGUGUGCUAUGUGGCUCAGUCAGGUUCUGUGUGUGAUGUUUGUGUCUGUGAGCACAGAGGUGACAUGGCCUAGCUUGAUCAUAUGACAUCAUGACAACUGAUGAUUUCACACCCUGCUGAAGAUUUCCAACUAUCAUGGUCAGGUUCGUGAUUUUGUCUAGAUGUGGAUUCGAUCCCUCUUCGUCUUCCUCGCUCAAUGCCACGGUAUCUCUCAUUGGUUGCUCUUUUUCUCAUCGGGGAACGUUGAACCAGUUGAUUUUGGUUCAUCGCCCUGGCGAGACGAGUGUUAUCCUUCAGUGUCCUUUAGUGCUUUAGUGCCUUUUAAUGGCUGAAACGACAUCAUUUAAAACGUCACUAAACUCAGCUCAGGAAUGUGGCAUUAUUACAUUCCUAUAAAAAGAUAAUUGUAUUGUACAAAGCUUCAUUUUUUAUUUUUUUGGAAAACCAUAACCAUAUCCUGGUUAAAUUUGUCUCCUGAAAUCCACUUGAUUUUCAGCUUGUGUAGGGCUGGAUGAGGUCACUCACUUUUUACACUGUUGCUGCUGUUCCUCAGUGAUUCUCUCAAAUGUUUAUCUGGGUGAGAGAGAACCUGAACCCCGAAAGACAGGUUUCACUUUCCCAAUGAGGUCAGCGUCAUAUAAAAAGACCACAAAGGCUUGUAAAGCCCCUCGGCUCGGGGUAAAGUCCCUCGGCUCAGUGCAUUCCUCAUGUCAGUUUUCUUAGAUGAUCAUAUGUCACACUCUGGGACUGUUUCUUUUACUAGUAUGACGGUUACACCAGUGUCUUCACACCUCGAUUAAAAGAAAUGAAGCUGACUGCUCCACUUGACUGCUCCUGCAUCGGCAUCCUCCUCCUCCUUUUCCUGUUUCCGAUGUCAUUCUUCCCCCUGCAUUUUUCAUGUGGAGACUAACAGAUGCUGGCAAACGAAAUCUAGUUGCUCAGAUGUGGUGAAUAGAUAAAUGAAAUAUCAAGAGCAAACAUGUGCCACAAUGUUCAUGGUGCAAUAAUCUGCAUCAACUUGCUGUCAAUAAUACAUUUUCGUAUUAAACACUUUGUCACGUUUUAUGAUGUCUCACAAUUGUAUUAGAGAAAAACUGCUUAAGGAUUAGGUCUUUUUUGUGACGUUGCCACAAAAAAAAUAGGAAUGUGAUGGUCGGCACAUGUCUAGUAGAGAGGCUUGGGUUUAAAUUCGUAUUGGGAAGUAAGUUUGCUGCUAACUAAACACGCUUCUGCUGUUUCCGUGUUAGUUAUCUGUGAAACACUCAUCAUUCUGAAGCGUGCACGUGUGUGAAAUUUCAGCUUCUUGAGGAACAGAUAAUGAUGAACCCAUCAUAAUGCAUUUGGUGCAUGCACAAGCCUUAGCUAGUGGCUGUGUUGAUAUGAUAUUGGUCAUGGCAGUGAGUCUAGAGGCUAACGCUGUAUUCAACACACAGACGCACUACUGUAAUUCACUUGUAUCUCUGUGCCUGAGUGUGUGUGUGUGUGUUAAGGUGUUUUUCCACUGAGGUCUUAACAUCACGGUUAUUAUGCAAAUGUGCAGCGUGCGAAUAUCUUCUCAACAAAAUGGGUGGUUGUCUUCGUAUGGAAAGGACUAAUCAAAAAUGUUUCCUGGAAAAAACCAGGAUGUUGAUUAUGUAGAAUUCAUGCAACCUGCACAAAAGACUAAAUCUAAUUUAGUGCCUUUUUUCUUUUCUUUUCUUUUCUUUUCUUUUUUUUUGUAAUUUUGUAUGUAGAUGUUUUAAACGUUCCAUUUCCUGACCUUUUUAUGUUGCUGUAAUCUUACUAAACAAGUUUCCAACUGCAGAACAGUGACCUUGUGAUCCAUGUACAGUUUAAUAAUCUCUGCUUCCUCACUCCUUUUCUGCCUGUCAAUAAACUACGUCCCAACAACA